AUGAUUGCUACCGGUACGAAUAUAAUGCACCCAAGUUUUUCCACAGCGUCCCUUUAUGUAGGCGAUUUAAAUGAAGAUGUAACUGAAGCUGUAUUGUAUGAAAUAUUUAACACAGUUGGUCAUGUAUCAUCAAUAAGGGUUUGUAGAGAUAGUGUAACUAGGAAAUCCUUAGGUUAUGCUUAUGUGAAUUAUCAUAACUUAGCAGAUGCAGAAAGAGCAUUAGAUACAUUAAAUUAUACAAACAUAAAAGGACAACCAGCAAGACUUAUGUGGAGUCAUAGAGAUCCAUCUUUAAGAAAAAGUGGUGCAGGUAAUAUUUUUGUAAAGAAUUUAGAUAAAUCAAUUGAUAAUAAAACCUUAUUUGAUACAUUUAGUAUGUUUGGAAAUAUAUUAUCAUGUAAAGUAGCAACAGAUGAAUUCGGAAAGAGUAAGAGUUAUGGUUUUGUUCAUUAUGAAGAUGAAGAAAGUGCAAAGGAAGCUAUUGAAAAAGUGAAUGGAAUACAAUUAGGAUCGAAAAAUGUAUAUGUAGGUCCAUUUAUUAAAAAAUCAGAACGGGCUACAAAUGAUACGAAAUUUACAAAUUUGUAUGUUAAGAAUUUUCCAGAUACAGUAACAGAAAAUCAUUUAAAGCAAUUGUUUAGUCCAUUUGGUGAAAUAACAUCAAUGAUUGUUAAGACGGAUAAUAAGAACAGGAAAUUUUGUUUUGUUAAUUAUGCUGAUGCAGAGAGUGCAAAAAACGCAAUGGAUGUUUUGAACGGAAGGAAAAUUACGGAUGAUGGUCAGAUUGACAAGACUUAUGAUGCAAAAAAGGAGGAAUCAGAAAUUAGCAAUAACAUCAGUAGCAGCAAUAACAAUAACAGUAACGGUAAUGACAGUAGUAGUACUACUGCAAAUGCUACUUCUAGUAGUGGUGGUGAAGGUACCACCAAUACAGAGGCGGCAGGUACCACUACUGCAAACAAUAGCAAUAAUAAUCUCUCGGGGCAACAGAAUGCAAAUGGAACGAAUAACGUUACUAGUGCUGAUGGUGGGGAUGUAGGAGGUGCAGCAGGUAUCUCAACUAGUACGACUAAUGAAAACGGGAAUAAUAAUGAAAGUGGUAGUGGCUCUAAUAGUGGGAACAACACCAAUAGUAAUAAUAAUAAUAGUAGCAAUAAUAACAGUAGUGGUAAUAAUAAUACUAAUGGGAACAAUAGCAAUAACAUCAGUAAUGCUAAUGGAAAGAAGGAAGGCGGCGGGGGUGUUUCUGCUUCAUCGGAAAAUGCAGAUAACCCAAAUAUAUUGUAUGUUGGUCCACACCAAUCAAGGGCAAGAAGACAUGCUAUUUUAAAAGCAAAAUUUGAUAAUUUGAAUUUAGAAAAUAAGAAUAAACAUCAAGGAGUAAAUUUAUAUAUAAAAAAUUUGGAUGAUGCUAUUGAUGAUCAAAUGCUAAAGGAAUUGUUCGAACCAUAUGGCACUAUUACAUCUGCUAAGGUAAUGAGGGAUGACAAGGAACAAAGUAAAGGAUUCGGUUUUGUAUGUUUCGGAUCACAAGAAGAAGCAAAUAAAGCAGUAACAGAAAUGCAUUUAAAAAUAAUUAAUGGUAAACCUUUAUAUGUUGGUUUAGCUGAAAAAAGAGAACAACGUUUAUCACGAUUACAACAAAGAUUUCGUAUGCAUCCAAUAAGACAUCAUAUAAAUAGUCCAAUGAAUUCACCUAUGCAAUAUGCAAAUCCACAAUCUCCUCCAUUACAGUUUAAUCAAAAUACUUUAAAUUAUGGAAGACCAGUUAUUACUGCUUUUAAUCAAAAUAAUUUAAUAUCAUGGAGGCAUCAACAAGCUGCUCAACAACAGGCUGUGCAUCAACAGGCAGCUCAACAACAAGCCGUUCAUCAACAAGCAGCACAACAACAAUUGAGUUUUAACACAAAUUUAAGAGGGCAAAUGAAUCAAAUGAGAUUGUAUGCACAAAAUAAUUUAAUGAAUAAUAAUUUAAAUCAGAAUAAAGGCAACUCACAAUUACAUCAUAAUCAGCAAUAUGCAAAUGCCUUGGCACAACAGAAUGGACAACAACAACAAAAUUUAAAUGUACCACCAGGUCAACAUAGUGCUCAACAGUUACAACAGCAGCAGGGAAAUAAUCAGUUAUUAAACAAUAAUAUGAGAAAUAUGAAUAAUAGAGGAGGCGGAGGAGGAGGUAAUAGGAAUAAUAAUAUGCCCAAUAUGAAUAAUAUGGCUAAUCCAAAACAGCAGAUGCCUUUAAAUAUGGUAGGAGCUAAACAUAAUGCUGCUCAGACGACUAAUCAUAUAAAUCAUCAACCACAACAACAGGGUUCCUCUCAACAGCAACAGCAGCAACAAAAAUCGGCACAGCAAAUUCAACAGGUAGCACAGAAUGGCAAUUUUAAGUUUACUGCACAAGCAAGAAAUCGUAUGGAAUUACCAAAUAAAAACUCAAAUAAAAUAAAUCCUAUGAACAACAUGAACGUAAAUUUUAACAACAAUUCGACGUUAACAGCUGCAGCAUUAGCUUCUGCUCCUCCAUCCAUGCAAAAGCAAGUCCUUGGUGAAAAUUUAUUUCCUUUAGUUGCUAACUAUCACCCCACGUUGGCUGGUAAAAUUACCGGUAUGAUGUUGGAGAUGGACAAUUCGGAAUUGCUCAUAUUACUGGAAAACGAAGAACAGCUUAAGAAAAAAAUUGACGAAGCGCUUGUCGUUCUGCAGAAGGCAAAGUAG